UUGCGUUUGACACUACGUUAUCUAGCAGCCUCUCUCGCGCUUGUAGUCGCAUGCCAUUCAAACAAGCAGCUAGCUACCGGGGACUUCACCUCACUUCCAAGUCAAGAGCAGCCUGGCUUCUCCUUUUUUAGCGUUUAGCAGGUGUCAAAGGGGCGCACCGAAGAUGUCCGAAGACACGGAAGGAAAGAGCGAGAAAAUUAUGGAUAUGGACAACAAGGCGUUGUGGUACCCGGACUCUAACACACAGAUGGACAAGUUUAGGAAACAGGUCAACUCGGACUACGGGCUUAAUCUGGUUAACUACAGUGACCUUUACCAGUGGUCGGUGGACAAUUACCCAGAGUUCUGGACAGAAGUGUGGCGUUUCUGUGGAGUAGUCGGCUCCAAACCAUAUGAGGAGGUGGUGGAUGCGUCCAAGCGGAUCUCAGAUGUUCCAGAGUGGUUUAAAGGAGCUCGACUCAACUACGCUGAGAACCUGCUGAAACACACCGACCAGGACAAGGUGGCUCUCUACGCUGCACGGGAAGGGAAGGAGGAGAUUGUGAAGGUAACAUUUGGAGAACUGAGGCGUGAUGUGGCGUUGUUUGCUGCAGCCAUGAGGAAGAUGGGCAUCCAGACUGGAGACAGAGUUGUAGGCUACCUGCCCAAUGGUAUUCAUGCAGUGGAGGCCAUGUUGGCAGCCGCCAGCAUUGGGGCCAUUUGGAGCUCCACAUCUGUCGACUUCGGAGUUAAUGGCGUCCUUGACAGAUUUUCUCAGAUCCAGCCCAAACUGAUCUUCUCAGUUGCUGCUGUGGUAUACAACGGCAAAAUCCAUGACCACAUGGAAAAGCUGAUCAAUGUUGUAAAAGGUCUUCCUGACUUGAAUAAAGUCGUCGUGAUUCCCUACGUUCUCUCUAAAAAUGAGACUGACCUCUCCAAGAUUCCCAACAGUGUGUUCAUGGAUGAUUUCUUGGCAUCUGGACGUGGAGAGGCUGAUCAGUUUCCUCAACUGGAGUUUGAGCAGCUUCCGUUCAAUCAUCCUCUGUACAUCAUGUACUCUUCGGGAACUACAGGAGCUCCUAAAUGCAUGGUCCACUCUUCUGGGGGCACUCUCAUCCAGCACUUAAAAGAGCACAUCCUCCAUGGUAAUAUGACUGCCAGUGACAUCAUCAUUUACUACACUACGACUGGCUGGAUGAUGUGGAACUGGCUGGUGUCCGCCCUGGCAGUGGGAGCCUCAGUGGUUUUAUACGAUGGUUCACCAUUAAUGCCAACACCCAACGUGCUGUGGGACCUGACAGACCAGCUGGGUAUCUCCAUCUUUGGCACUGGUGCCAAGUGGCUGGCUGUGCUGCAGGAGAGGAACCUCAAACCCUUGGAAACACACAACCUGCAGUCUCUCCACACCAUCCUGUCCACAGGAUCUCCUCUCAAACCUCAGAGCUACGACUACGUGUACCGCUGCAUCAAGAGCAACGUGCUGCUGGGCUCGAUUUCAGGUGGGACCGACAUUGUUUCAUGUUUUAUGGGUCAGAACCCAACAGUUCCAGUGUAUCGGGGAGAGAUCCAAUCAAGGAAUCUUGGCAUGGCUGUAGAAGCUUGGAGCAUCGAUGGCAAGCCAGUUUGGGGGGAGAGUGGAGAACUUGUCUGCCUGAAGCCGAUCCCCUGCCAACCAACUCACUUCUGGAAUGAUGAGAACGGGAGCAAAUAUCAUAAAGCUUACUUUUCUACGUUUCCUGGGGUGUGGGCUCAUGGAGAUUACUGUAAAAUCUACCCAAAGACCGGCGGCAUUGUCAUGCUGGGCAGGAGCGAUGGAACACUGAACCCUAACGGAGUUCGUUUUGGAAGCUCUGAGAUCUACAACAUAGUGGAGGCUUUCGAGGAAGUGUCAGACAGUCUUUGUGUCCCUCAGUACAAUGCGGACGGAGAAGAGCGAGUUAUUUUGUUCCUAAAGAUGGCACCCGGAAAGCUCUUCUGUCCAGAGUUGGUGACAAAGAUUAAAGGAGCCAUCAGAAAAGCUUUGUCUGCCCGACACAUCCCUGCCUUGCUGCUGGAAACCAAAGACAUUCCUUACACCAUCAGCGGUAAGAAGGUGGAGGUGGCUGUGAAACAGGUUAUUGCCGGACGUGAGGUGGCACAGAGAGGAGCGUUUUCCAACCCCGAUUCACUGGAUCUCUACAAGAACAUUCCUGAGCUGCAGAACUACUAGAGAUGAAACUGGACAGAGCGAGUGGAAAAAAAAAAAAAAAUUGCAAAUCCCAACCUUCUAGAGUUUAUUCCAGCUUAUCUUUUUAAUCUUAGUUAGAAAGAGCUGUGCAGAAACAUGCAAAUUCUUCAAAACAUUCUGAUUUUUGUUCAGGAAAAAGGGAGAGAAGUUAAACUAAUAUCUGUUUAAUUAGCUGAUGGGAAUGAAGCACGGGCAACCCUAAAAAAUAGCAUGAGGUGCACUGGUCCGUAGACUUGCUUUCAAAAACAUCAUCAUGCCGCUCUUAGUCAGCCGUGUUGUAACGUAAACCAAAUGAAACUUUGGGUGUGACUGUGAAUAAGCGUCAUCUCUAAAGCAAGCAAAGAAACGGUUAAGCGAAGCAUCGAGUGCUUUGCUUCAGGUUCACAGUUUGAUUUUAUCUCUCCGCAUCCUCUGCUUCUAACCCCAAAGCCAUUUCUGUGCGAUCAGAAUAUAAUCUGUGGAGAUGUGAAGAAAAAUAUACACAGAGCAAGUUGGAUUAACACCCGAGCUGCGGCUCAUAUCACCAUAUCAUCACUAUAUGGUGCUUUAUCGUUUGUAUGUGCGUGUCUGAGUGUAUAUACAGUAUAUAUGAUUAAGAACAUAAAGGUUAAUGUAUAUUUUUGAACAGUGAGGUUGAAUUUAUAAUUGUGUGUUUGAAGGUAGCUACCCAAACUCAACCAAAGUGGCUUUAGGGAUACAGAGGGAUUUAGCUACAAAGCUAACGUUUGCUCGACUGAACUAGACAUGCUAAACACAUUUAAAGUAUUUUGAUUUUAGAUUUAUUGUCAAAACUAAACCUUUAUCCAGUCGAGACCAACACUACGAGCUAUUGUUGAAAUGGUGGCUGUGUUGAGUUAAAGAUUGAUCUGACAGGACGUGAAUGUUCACUUCAUCACAGCAGCCUGUCAGCUAUGGAUGUAUAGUCAUUACCUUACCUACAGAUAACAGCUGUUUUAACCUUUUAAACAGGAAAAAGAUUAAUAUUUUAAAAAUUGCUCUACAUGCAUGGUAAAACCUCAAAGAAUGGAACUAAAGUGGGUUUGGUCAUUUGCAGAUUUGUUGGUCAGAAUAAGGAACAGUAGUUUCAUUUACGGGUUAAACAUGACUGAUGUGACCUGCUCACAUGCAUCUGAUACAUGGGUCAUAAAAUCAGUAAAGUUUUAUGCUUUUUUUUAAAUUUCGAUUACAUUUUAAGACCUACAUUCUCUGCUCUUCAGUCACAUUAGUUUCUUCAAUUAACUUAAUGUUUCAGAAAGUGUGUGUGUCCUGUGGAGUGACCUCAACUAGCGCCGUACAAUAAAAUCAAUGUCUUGAAGUCGGGAUCCUCUUGUUGAUGCUGUACAGUAUGUAUCGGGUCAUUAACAAAUGCCUUGUUUGAAAAUAAAGAACUAAAA